ACCAACAGCUGAGCGUCAACAACCAUGGCGCUACGCGAAGGAGCUCUGCGGGCGAAGCUGCUGCUCUGCAGCCGCACUUUGUCCAAAUUCGCCUCGUUUUCAUUCGCUCGCUCGCUGUCCGAGCACGUGUCGUCCCAGUCUGUGACCUCCAAGCCCCCAGAGAUCGCUGACGACCAUUUAAUCUACACACAAGAGCACUCCGCGUUGAAGGAGGCCCUCAGGAAGCUCAUCGACCAGGAGAUUAACCCUUACGUGGAUCAGUGGGAAGCAGAAGGGAUGUUUCCGGCCCACAAAAUCUUCAAGAUACUGGGAAAUGCAGGCUUCCUUGGAGUGAACAAACCAGUUGAGUACGGAGGGUUAGGACUCGACUUCAGCUACAGCGUCGCCGUGGCAGAGGAGCUGGGCAACAUUCGCUGCGGAGGCAUUCCCAUGGCCAUCGGUGUACAAAGCGACAUGGCCACUCCCGCCCUGGCCAGGUUCGGUUCAGACGAGCUAAAGAAGGAGUUCCUGCUGCCCUCCAUCAUGGGGGACAAAGUGGCCUGCCUCGGUGUGAGUGAGGUCGGCGCUGGCUCUGAUGUCUCAAGUAUUAAGACCAAGGCAGUGAAAAAAGGGGAUGAGUACGUGAUAAAUGGUGGAAAGAUGUGGACAACCACUGGUACCCAGGCUGACUGGAUGUGCCUGCUGGCCAACACCAGCGAUGGACCCCCACACAAAAACAAAUCUCUCAUCUGUUUACCCAUGAACCUGCCAGGAGUACACAUUGCCCGGAAGAUUAGUAAAAUGGGGAUGUGGUCGUCAGAUACAGCUGAGGUCUUCUUCGAUGACGUCCGCGUUCCCUGCAAGAACAUCAUCGGCCAGGAAGGCAUGGGCUUCACCUAUCAGAUGCUGCAGUUCCAGGAAGAGAGGCUCUGGGCCGUGGCCAACAUCGUGACGACGAUGGACAACAUCAUUCAGGAGACCAUCAACUACACGCGGCAGAGGAGGAUCUUCCAGCUCCCUGUCCUCCAUCACCAGGCAGUUCACUUCAGGUUGGCCGAGCUUCAGACGGAGGUGGAGCUGCUCCGCUCCCUCCUCUACCGCGCUACAGCAAUGUACAUUAAAGGCAACGACGUGACCAAGCUGGCGUCCAUGGCCAAGUUAAAGGCCGGCCGCCUCGCCAGAGAGCUGAGCGACAGCUGCCUGCAGUACUGGGGAGGGAUGGGCUACACCAGCGACGUGCCGGUCAGCAGAUUUUACAGGGACUGCAGGCUGUUGUCGAUCGGAGCAGGAGCUGAUGAGGUGAUGCUGGCCAUCAUCUGCAAAUACAUGGACACGCUGCCCAAGAAGUGAUCUCGGCUCGGUGGCGGCUUCUCGCAGACUGAUGUCUCACCCGUCCCGAAGGCGUGCUAAUCAUUAGAUCACCAAAGUGCAAUUCUAACAUGUUUGUGCUCAACAAUGAAGACUUUUUUUCUUUUUAUUCAUGAUUUCUCUUCCCGUCUUCAUAAGGUAGUUAGGCACUUAAGUUUUCCUUUCUCGUUUUAAUUUAAGUGAUACUUUUUUAAAGUGUUUAUUUUUGUAGAAUAAAGCUAAAUAAUAAAUACCAUAUUAAACUAGUUUUACACAUCAUUGACAGACUGUAGGCAGAUUUCCACAUCAAUUACGUGCUGAUGAAACACACACACACUGACCUGUUCAGUACAUAAAAUUUGUUUAUUUACAACAUUUUUACAUUAGAUCUGAAACAGAUAUUGCUGUCAUUAAUCUGAUGACUGUAUAUCCAUUUUUUGGAGGUGUGGGGGGGAAUAAACACCUAUGGUAAAUUGCA